AUGUCCAGAAGGCACCAAAAGAACACCGAAAAGGCAUUGAUAGACAUUGUCAACAGUAGAGGCAAUGAUAAUAAAUGUGCUGAAUGUAAAGCAGCAUAUCCCACUUGGGCUUCAUAUAAUUUAGGUAUAUUUUUAUGUGGUCGUUGUGCUUCAGUUCAUAAAAGAAUUUUAGGUCCACCAAAUUAUAAUAUUUCAAAAGUAAAAUCGUUAACUUUAGAUAAUUGGUCAAAUGAACAAAUUGCAAAUUUAAGAAGAAUUGGGAAUUCAAAAUCUAGAAAAAAAUGGAAUUCCAAAAAAAUUCCUUUCCCUUUUGAUGGAGAUGAUGAUGUUGGAUUAGUUGAACAAUAUAUUAGAGAUAAAUAUAUAUUAGGAAAAUUCCGAGAUGAUGAUGUUGAUCCAAAUGAAUUUGAAGAUGAUCGAUUAAGUAAAUAUAGUAAUGAUAAUGAUGAAGUAAAUUCAAGAAGAUCAAGGUCAAAUAGUACAAGAAGUAUAACAACAAUUCCAAAAUUAACUCAUAGAAAAUUAACAACUUUUGAAUAUACUCAAUUUCAACCUCAAUUAAGUAAAAUUAGAAGUUUUGGUUAUAAUGAUAGAGAUGCUAUAUUAGAAAGUUUAUUAUUAAGUAAUGGAAAUAUUGAAAGAGCAUUAGAUAUAUUAGAUCUUGAUAUAAGGAUAAAUCCAUCAAAACAAGAAAUUGCACCAAGUCUACCAAAUCGACCACGUGCUUCCACCAAUAAUUCAAUAACUUCAGCAAAUCAACCUACUUCGUCAACUUCAGAUUGGUGGAGUAAUAAUCCACAACAACAACAACUACAAAUAUCUCAAACAAAUACAGGAGCAAUAACUCAACCUCAAAUAUAUCAAUACACUGACCCUGUUACUGGCCAAAUUUCAUACGUUGAUCAAAACGGUCAAGAAUAUUUAGAUCCAAAUAAUCCACAACAUCAACAACAAUUAAUGGCUAUGAAUAAUCCACAAUUAAUAGCUCAACAAACGAAUAAACAGAAUAUUUUGUCAUUAUAUAAUCAACCAACUGGUAUACAACUGCCACAAGGACAACCUCAACAACAACAACAAACAGGUUUUUUUGGACAACAACCACAACAACCUCAACAAGUCUUUCAGCAACCACAACAGCAGCCCGAGUUUACAGGUUUUCAACAGCAGCCUCAACAGACUGGAUACUUUGGUCAACAAUAUACAGGUUAUGGUCAACAACAACAAGGUUAUUAUCGAUAA